AUGCGGGACAUGCGCAUCCCCUGCUUUUCCUGCCUUUGCUCUCCGGUGCGCUGGGCGGACACUGCCAGCUCGUCCAAGAUCAACUUCCUUCCUUUCUGGACAGGCGUUUUCCUGGUGACGUUCCUGAACGCACUCACAGCUGCCUCGUUCUACAUUACUGCCCUCAUUUACAUGUUCAUGGCCGCCAACCACCGUCAGCUCAUCCGCAGAAUCUACGGAAUGCCACACGGCACCUGGGUGGCAGGGAGCUACGAGAUAUCUGUCUCCAAGAGUGAGGGGCCCCUUUCCAUGUGGAUUAUAACAGGGGUUAUAGGGCUUAUAAAGGAUAUGCUGGGAGGGAUAGGGUUCAGGAUUCCAAGAUCGUGUUACUGA